GCACGUGUGCAUGUCAUGUUUUCUGCAAAUGUGUGCGUAUGCAAGUGCGUGCGUGGGUACAGCCCCCCCCAGGGGGCGGGUCAGCCCUGUGCUUCCUUAUUUGGAUUGUGGGCUUGGGGGUCGCACGGCAUUGAAGAGCCUCCUAGUGAUAGACACAAAACUUGUGAAGACCUGACAUGAACCCAGAACUUGAGUGAUUAGUUUAGAAAAAAAAAACAAAAACUAGAGAACACAAAGGUAAGAGUGAAAACAGCUGCACGGACGGAGAGAGCAGAGCAGCGAAAAGAGCGAGAGGCGGAGAAGGAGAUAAGGCUGUGGAAACAAGGAGACAUUGAGAGGAAGCACAUGGUGUAAAAAUGCCGACCAAUUUCACGGUGGUCCCGGUAAAGGACAGCUCGAAAAAGGCGCAAGAGACCAUCGAAGAGGAAGAUGGCAAUGAAAACAACGAGUUGAAAGAGGAUGUGGACGUUGCGGGCGAUGGCGUCCCGAAGGAAAACAGUCCAUUCAUCAACAACACAGACAAUGACAAGAGCAACAGUUACGAUGGCACCAACAUGGCACUUUUCGAGGAGGAGAUGGACAGCAACCCCAUGGUGUCAUCGCUUCUCAAUAAACUGGCAAAUUACACCAAUCUCACCCAGGGGGCCCAGGAACACGAGGAGGCAGAUGAUGAUGAGAGUUCCAAGAAGAAAGCUGUCAAGAGCCCUCAGAUGGGGACCUUCAUGGGCGUCUAUCUUCCCUGCAUCCAGAACAUUCUGGGGGUAAUCCUGUUUCUUCGUCUUACGUGGAUCGUCGGCACGGCUGGCAUCUUAGAGUCCUUGGCCAUUGUUGGCUUAUGCUGCUCAUGUACCAUGCUGACAGCCAUAUCCAUGAGUGCAAUUGCUACGAAUGGCGUUGUGCCAGCUGGGGGCUCCUACUAUAUGAUUUCCAGAUCUCUUGGUCCUGAGUUUGGUGGAGCUGUCGGUCUCUGCUUCUACCUAGGCACCACAUUUGCUGGCUCCAUGUACAUCCUGGGUACCAUAGAGAUUCUACUGACUUACAUCGUGCCUAAAGCGGCCAUCUUUGUGGCGGAAAAGAAGGAGGAUGAAGUUGACGCGCUCCUGAACAACAUGCGUGUGUACGGCACAUGCUGCCUUACACUGAUGUCUGUGGUUGUCUUUGUGGGAGUCAAAUAUGUCAACAAGCUUGCGCUCGUCUUCCUGGCUUGUGUCUUUCUGUCCAUCCUCGCCAUCUAUGCUGGCGUCAUCAAGACCAUCUUCGAACCCCCUGACUUCCCUGUUUGUAUGCUGGGGAAUCGCACCCUGCAGAACCACAACUUUGACAAGUGUCUUAAGACUGACGUCAUCGAUAACAUGACCGUGACUACGCAGCUGUGGAAGCUGUUCUGCGAUGGGCCUGAGCUCAACGCCACCUGCAACGAUUAUUUCAAGAAGAACAACGUGACCAACAUUCAGGGCAUCCCUGGACUCACCAGUGGAGUCAUUUCAGAAAAUAUGUGGUCCGCAUAUGGCCCCCUGGGCAUGUUGGACGAAAGCAAGAAGUUGUCUUCUACAGAGGGAAGUAACUCCACCCAGGAUAUCUUAAUGCCGUACGUCGUCAAUGAUAUCGCCACCUUCUUCACCCUGCUUGUGGGAAUCUAUUUCCCCUCGGUCACUGGAAUCAUGGCUGGGUCAAAUCGAUCAGGUGACUUGCGGGACGCCCAAAGAUCCAUCCCAGUUGGAACCAUCCUGGCUAUCUUUACCACCUCUAUCAUCUAUUUCAGCAGCGUGGUGUUGUUUGGCGCCUGCAUUGAGGGCGUUUUGCUUCGAGACAAGUUCGGCGACUCUGUCAAAGGGAACCUCGUUAUCGGCACGCUGUCCUGGCCCUCACCGUGGGUCAUUGUGAUCGGCUCCUUCUUCUCCUGCUGCGGCGCGGGACUGCAGAGUUUGACCGGAGCCCCGCGCCUGUUGCAGGCCAUCGCACGAGACGGCAUAGUACCUUUCUUACAGGUGUUUGGGCACGGGAAGGCGAACGGAGAACCCACCUGGGCUCUCUUGCUGACCGGUGGCAUCUGUGAGAUCGGAAUCCUCAUCGCUUCUUUGGAUGCUGUGGCGCCAAUCCUUUCAAUGUUUUUCCUCAUGUGCUACCUGUUUGUCAACCUGGCCUGUGCAGUUCAGACUCUCCUGCGAACCCCAAACUGGAGACCACGCUUCAAAUAUUACCACUGGACUCUGUCCUUCCUGGGAAUGAGCUUGUGUCUAGCGCUCAUGUUCAUUUCCUCCUGGUACUAUGCCAUCGUUGCCAUGGCCAUCGCUGGCUGCAUCUACAAAUAUAUUGAAUACAGAGGGGCAGAGAAGGAAUGGGGUGACGGCAUUCGAGGCCUGUCGCUAAACGCAGCCCGCUUCGCCCUCAUUCGUCUUGAGGACGCGGCCCCCCACACCAAAAACUGGAGGCCUCAGUUGUUGGUGCUCUUGAACCUGGACUCGGACCAAGCGGUCAAACAUCCUCGCCUGCUGUCGUUCACCUCUCAGCUAAAGGCUGGGAAAGGCUUAACGAUAGUGGGGAAUGUAUUGGAGGGGACUUUUCUUACCAAAGAGACGGAGGGGAAGAGGGCUGAGCAGAACAUCAAGUCUGCCAUGUCGGCAGAGCGGACCAAAGGUUUCUGUCAUGUCGUCGUGUCUUCCAACCUCCGAGAUGGGGUCUCUCAUCUCAUCCAGUCAGCCGGGUUGGGAGGCAUGAAGCAUAACACCGUCCUCAUGGCAUGGCCUGGAACCUGGAAGCAGUCCAAUGACCCGCAGUCGUGGAGGAAUUUCACAGAGACAGUGCGGGAGACCACAUUUGCCCACCAGGCAUUGCUUGUGGCAAAGAAUGUGGACAGCUUCCCCACCAACCAGGACCGCCUGGGCGAGGGCACCAUCGAUGUGUGGUGGGUGGUUCACGACGGAGGCAUGUUGAUGCUGCUGCCCUUCCUGCUGCGACAGCACAAGGUGUGGAGGAAGUGUAAGAUGCGCAUCUUCACCGUGGCCCAGAUGGAUGACAACAGUAUCCAGAUGAAGAAAGAUCUCCAGACCUUCCUUUACCACCUGCGACUCAAUGCAGAGGUGGAAGUGGUAGAGAUGCAUGACAAUGACAUCUCAGCCUUCACCUAUGAGAAGACUCUGGUGAUGGAGCAGCGGUCCCAGAUGCUGAAACAGAUGCAGCUUUCCAAGACCGAGAGGGAGCGAGAGAUUCAGAGUAUCACUGACGAAUCGCGUAACUCAAUCCGGAGGAAGAACCAGGGUGCCGGCCAGGGCGCAAGCCGGCAGUCCUCUCCGACGGAGGACACACAGGAGGAUGAGGCGCAACUCAUCCAUGACAGAAACACGGCGUCCCACGCCUCCAUGAACAACAAGUCCGAAUCUGGACCCGAGCACGUUCACAUGACCUGGACCAAGGAGAAGCUUUUCACCGAGCGCAGUCGCAACCGCGAGUGCAACUCCAACGUGGCCGUACGAGACCUUUUCAACAUGAAGCCAGAGUGGGGGAGCCUGAACCAGACCAACGUCCGUCGCAUGCACACGGCCAUCAAGCUGAACGAGGUGGUGGUGAACAAGUCCCAGGGAGCCCAGCUGGUUCUGCUCAACAUGCCCGGACCGCCGAAGAACCGAGGGGGGGACGAAAACUACAUGGAGUUCCUGGAGGUUCUGCUGGAGGGUCUGAACCGGGUGCUGCUGGUCCGAGGCGGCGGACGCGAAGUCAUCACCAUCUAUUCUUAGAAACCCCCGCCGUCCCCAUCCUGCACGCACGCACGCACGGACGAACAUCAGGCUUGGUGUGGGGGGAGGGCGGAUUUAUGUUUAUUUUUUCAGGUCAGCAGGACCUUGGUGGGUGGGGGGGGACAGGAGACACGAGGGCCGCGGCACCUCCCCAAAGGAAACAAAUAGCAUAGACACUUUAUAUUUCUCACCGGCGACGUGGUUAUGUUACCUUUUUCCACUUUUUUCAUGUUGAACCUCCUUGUCUUCCCGCCGUUUUUCUUCCACCGUGAGUAGAUCCCCGCCUAUUCGCACCCUUGCACCUUUCUUUUGUCGUUUUUUGUUUUUGUUUUUUUACAGUCACUUCAAAACAACGUGGUUUUGACGGUCUGCAGGAGAGAAAGCGUGCUGCAGCUAUGAAUCCAGCAGAGGGCGCUGCCUCUCUACUUACUUUACUCCGCUUUUUCCAACACUAUCGUACACGGUAUGCCUGGCACGUGUACAACUGCAUUUUAGAAGCUUUACAGGAUCAUUUUUAGGGCUUUUUUUAAAUGUUUUUUGCGUUUUUUCACCGUUUUUCUACGAAUAGCGGGGAUCUACUCGACAUAUAAAUCCUCUCUGAAACUCUUUGCUUUUGAGUUUUUGGAAAAGAAGAAGCUCCUCCCCCUUCCCGGUGAAGUGACGCAUUAUGGGUAAUUGUGAUUGGUGACCCCCCCACACACCCACACACACACACACCGGGCUGGCUUUUUGCAAGCUUUUUAUUUACACACACACAAAAAAACUCGCCCAAAAGCGGAGCUCAGGCCAAAGCUCGGACGGCCCUUCACUGCGAAGCGGAAGUAAACAAGCACACGUCCACUUAAUAACACUGGCAGACUUUUGCACGAUCCGUAAUCUCAGCACGUCGCUUACGCAAUACACACGGCUAGCUAGGCAACCGCUAAUGAUGCUAUUUACUGCUCGUCUCUCGGUGUAGCUUUUUUUUUUUUUUUUUUUAAACUAAUUCCACACAAUUUGGGCUUGGAGGCGCCAACGGAAUUUGAUGCAUCGACUCUGAUUCGUUCGUAGGAGAAUGUGCCAAAAUCAUUUUAAGAGAAGAAACUGUGGAAAUAGCGUGAAAGUCACCUGGUGAACAUGCGGGCUGUAACAUGGCCGUCCAACGUGCGGCCUCAUUUGAAGCGAAAACCCCCCUUUGUUGUUCUGCUCCACAGUUUCUUUCAGUUAGCAGUAUUACAUUUUUUUAAGUCUUAUUUUCCUGCAGUUCUUUGCGCGGCUGGUGGUCAUUAUCGCAUCGUAUUUUGUGUUGUUUUUGUGUUGUUGUUGUUGUUGUAUGCUUGUGUAAUCACAUAGUCACGGUCUCUCUAGAGUGGGGGUGUCCAGAGUUUCUUAAAACAUCUCUGCGUUGUGUUGUAGGUGAUAAAUUAGUGUAAUAUUUAAUAAUAGUUUUUGUUUUUUUUACAAUAUGCCGAAAAUGGGCCCCAGGCCGCACUUUGGACACCCCCGCUCUAGUGCUUUCUUACAUUCUAACUGAACUUCUGUUACUUUGCGUGUUUGUUGAUUUUUAUCCAAGGAGGCAGGAAGAGGAAGCAUGCGUACACGAAGACAGCUUUACUUUUAUUUGGCCAAGCCACCCGGAAACGCACCAAAUGUUCGGGUUUUUUUUACCCUCACAAAGAAGAAAUAAAAAGUCUAGUUUAAAAAAAAAAAAAGAAAAGAAAAGAAAUUACAACCCAAAUGAUUAAAGUGUAUUUUUGUGGCACUCAAAUGUCAUCAAAUAUUCACGAGAACAAAAGAAAAAGAUGGUGCAAAAAAAAAAAAAAAAGGAACGGGAUGGCGACUGGAGAAUGUUAUCUACCUCAAAGGUGUCACGGAGGCUGCAAGACGACAAAAACUGACUGAAGCACAUCUGUUUCACAUAGAAGGGAAAAAGGAAGACGUCUAGAUGGCCACAGAUUUGGUGUGUGUGCGCGCGUUUGUGUGUGUGUGGUCUGUUUCUGAGAGGUGAAGCUGUGUGUGUGUGUGUGUGUGUGUGUGUGUGUGUGUGCUAUUGUCGACUGGUGGGCCUUGCAAGCUGUAACAGGAAGUCACUUUUUGUGGGAGCACAUGUAGAGACGGUAGCCAUGUAAAUUAUAUUUGUGCCUCUCUGAGUAACUAUUAAAAAAAGUGCUGAAAUAA